AUGAAGCGCCCCGCGGGGCGGCGGGCGGGGCCCCUGAAGCGGCUGCGGUUGGCGGUGGAGGAGCUGGUGCGGGCCGCCCAACCCGGGAGCCCCGGCGGCGCCCCCGCCCGCACCCCCCGGGCCCCCCGCCGACGCGGCGCCGGGAGCCGCAAGGAGCUGAGGCGCCAGAAGCGCCGGGCGCGCAAGGGCCGCUGGGGGCCAACGACCGAGCGGGAGCGGGGGGCCGCUGUGCCCAGCGGGAAAGGCCGGGCAGGGGCAUCUCCCCGGGAGUCUGCGCCCAAGGGAGCGGGGGAGACUGACGAGGAGUCUGUGCCCAAGGGGAAAGGCCGGGCAGGGGCAUCUCCCUGGGAGUCUGCGCCCAAGGGAGCAGGGGAGACUGACGGGGAGACUGUGCCCAAGGGGAAAGGCCGGGCAGGGGCAUCUCCCUGGGAGUCUGCGCCCAAGGGAGCGGGGGAGACUGUGCCCAAAGGGAAAGGCCGGGCACGGGCAUCUCCCUGGGAGUCUGCGCCCAAGGGAGCGGGGGAGACUGUGCCCAAAGGGAAAGACCGGGCAGGGGCAUCUCCCUGGGAGUCUGCGCCCAAGGGAGCCGGGGAGACGACUGUGCCCAAGGGGAAAGGCCGGGCAGGGACAUCUCCCUGGGAGUCUGUGCCCAAGGGAGCGGGGGAGAUUGACAAGGAGACUGUGCCCAAAGGGAAAAGCUGGGCAGGGGCAUCUCCCUGGGAGGCUGCGCCCAAGGGAGCCGGGGAGACUGACGGGGAGACUGUGCCCAAGAGGAAAGGCUGGGCACGGGCAUUUCCCCGGGAGUCUGCGCCCAAGGGAGCGGGGGAGACUGACGGGGAGACUGUGCCCAAGAGGAAAGGCCGGGCAGGGGCAUCUCCCUGGGAGUCUGCGCCCAAGGGAGCGGGGGAGACUGUGCCCAAAGGGAAAGGCCGGGCAGGGGCAUCUCCCUGGGAGUCUGCGCCCAAAGGAGCAGGGGAGACUGACGGGGAGACUGUGCCCAAGGGGAAAGGCCGGGCAGGGGCAUCUCCCUGGGAGUCUGCGCCCAAUGGAGCGGGGGGUACUGACGGGGAGACUGUGCCCAAGAGGAAAGGCCGGGCAGGGGCAUCUCCCUGGGAGGCUGCGCCCAAGGGAGAGGGGGAGACUUAUGAGGAGUGUGUGCCCAAGGGGAAAGGCCGGGCAGGGGCAUCUCCCUGGGAGUCUGCGCCCAAGGGAGCGGGGGAGACUGUGCCCAAAGGGAAAGGCUGGGCACGGGCAUCUCCCUGGGAGUCUGCAUCCAAGGGAGCGGGGGAAACUUGCGGGGAGACUGUGCCCAAGGGGAAAGGCCGGGCACGGGCCUCUCCCCGGGGGUCUGUGCCCAAGCGAGCGGGGGAGACUUCCGAGGAGGCUGUGCCCAAGAGGAAAGGCUGGGCAGGGGCAUCUCCCUGGGAGUCUGCGCCCAAUGGAGCGGGGGAUACUGACGGGGAGACUGUGCCCAAGAGGAAAGGCCGGGCACGGGCUUCUCCCUGGGAGUCUGCGCCCAAGGGAGCGGGGGAGACUGACGAGGAGUCUGUGCCCAAAGGGUCGGGCCGGACGGGGGCAUCUCCCCGAAAGUCUGUGCCCAAAGGGUCGGGCCGGGCGGGGGCAUCUCCCCGGGAGUCUGAGCCCAAAGGAUCAGGGGCAGCUUCCGGGGAGACUGUGCCCAAGGGGAAAGGCCAGGCAGGGGCAGCUCCCCAGGAUUCUGUGCCCAAAGGGUCGGGCCGGACGGGGGCAGCUCCCCGAGAGUCUGCACCCAAAAGGUCGGGCCGGGCAGGGUCCGACGGGGACGGUGCCCCGGUCGCCAAGAAGGGGAAAGGGAAGAGCCGUGCCCAGCCGGCGGGGACACGGGGGGCACCGGGGGCAGAGGCCCAGGCGGCGGCCCGGAGACGAGCCCUGCUGGCGGCCAACGAGGCGGAGGAGCGGGAGAUCCGACACCUGGAGCGCCGCCUCGGCCUCCGCCGCCGCAGGAAGAAGGGCCAAGGCCGGGCCCUCGACUCCCUGCCGCCCGGCUUCGCCCGCGACGGGCUCGGCUAUGUACUGGGCGCCCUGGGCCUGGGCCUGCCCGGGGACAUGCCCAGCAAGGGCGACGACAGCGAAGAGGACCCUCUGCUGAGCGAGGAGGAUGAAGACGACGACGAUGACCACCACCGAGAAGAGGAGCCCGAGGAGCAUCUUCCCGCAGAGAUCAGUGAAGAGGACCCUCUGCUGAGCGAGGAGGAGGAGGAUGAAGACGAGCCAGAGGAGCAUCUUCCCGCGGAGGACAGCGAAAAUUCCUCGGCCGAAGAGGAGGACGCUCCCUGUCGGGUUGCGGGUGAAAGCGUUACAAAAUAUAUCCCACCUCAUGUAAGGCGAUCAGAAGAAACGGUGGAUGCCAGAAAAAGGGAAGAACUAGAAAGGUUGAAGAAAAAUGUGAAAGGCUUAAUCAACAGAUUGAGCGAACCAAAUAUAGCCUCUAUCAGCGGGCAGCUGGAAGAACUCUACAUGGCAAACAGUAGAAAGGACAUGAAUGACACCCUUACAGGCGUUCUUAUGAACGCCUGCGUUACUGAAGCACUAAUGCCCGCCCGGCUGGUGAUGGAGCACGUCCUCCUGGUUAGCAUUCUUCAUCAUACGGUGGGAAUAGAGGUUGGGGCUCACUUUCUGGAAGCGGUGGUGAGAAAGUUCGAUGAAGUGUAUAAGAACGGCAGCGAGGGAAAAGAAUGCGAUAACGCCUUUGCCCUGAUCGCCCAUCUGUACAGCUUCCAUGUAGUGCACUCCCUCCUCAUCUUCGACAUUCUGAAGAAGCUUAUUGCGACUUUCACAGAGAAGGACAUCGAGCUGAUUCUGCUGCUGCUGAAAAAUGUGGGCUUUGCCUUGAGGAAGGACGAUGCUCUGGCCCUGAAGGAGCUAAUCAGUGAAGCCCAGGCCAGAGCGAAUGGAGUGGGCAACAAGUUUCAUGACCAGACCAGGGUUCGGUUUAUGAUAGAGACCAUGUUGGCACUAAAGAAUAAUGACAUGCGGAAAAUCCCAGGCUAUGACCCUGAGCCUAUUGAGAAAUUGAGGAAACUACAAAGAACACUGGUGCGCAACAGUGGCUCUGGCAAGGAAACCCAGCUGCGCGUCUCAUGGGAAGGCCUCUUGAACGCCGAGCAGAUCGGCCGCUGGUGGAUUGUAGGCUCGUCGUGGAGUGGAGCGCCAAUGAUCGCCAACAACAACCCAAGUAACCAGCAGAAGCAGCACGUGGGAACGGUCAGUUCAAAAAUACUUGAGCUUGCGCGUAAGCAGAGAAUGAACACUGAUGUGAGGAGAAGCAUUUUUUGUACAUUGAUGGUCAGUGAGGACUUUCUGGAUGCAUUUGAAAAGCUGCUGAGGCUUGGACUUAAGGAUCAGCAGGAAAGAGAGAUAGUUCACGUUCUCAUUGAUUGUUGCUUGCAGGAGAAAAAAUACAAUCCUUUUUAUGCAUUUUUGGCUGGAAAGUUUUGUAACUAUGAUAGGAAAUUUCAGAUGACAUUCCAGUUCACCAUGUGGGAUAAAUUCCGAGAUCUAGAAAACCUGACUGCCAGUACGAUCUCCAAUUUGGUUCAUCUGUUGGUCCACUUGCUAAAGACCAAAUCACUCCCAUUAUCCAUAUUUAAGGUAAUUGAAUUCAGUGAGCUAAACAAGCAGAAAGUUGACUUCUUAAGAAAAAUAUUGUAUAAGUUAUUAAUGGAAACUGAAGUUGAAGAACUUAGUUCAAUCUUUACAAAGAUGUAUGACAACCCAAAGCUGGGAAUGCUGAGCGAGGGCCUGAAGCUUUUUAUUAACCACUUCCUCUUGAAGAACGCACAGGCCCACAAAAGCGCCGAAGAAGCAACUGCCCUAAAAGAAAAAGCCGACCUCGUGUUACGGCCUAGCCGAGGGCAGAAACAUUACUUGGCUGCCUUCUGAGGGAUAUCACUGUCCUAUAUGUAUUUUUCGGCCUUGCAGCAGCCCAGCAGAAAAGACCCCGGCAGCAGGAGCACGUGCCUUUGGCCCGCAACCACCACCGCUGAGCCCCCUUGCCGGUAACCUGGGCCGCUCCCCCUCCCCGUGCCGCAUCAUCAUCCUGGCCCCUACCUGGCGGGAAGGGCAGAAACAGCAAUGAGGCAAGCAUUGGGAGACUAUGGCAGUCGCCCUGGCCACGACCGUGACCGUUGGACUCUGAUCCUCUAGCCAAAGCACCCCACAGCCUUUUGGAUCGUAUCUUUUGUAUUUAUUCCCAUCCUCAUCUUUUACGUUGUCUUAGCGUCCCGAUUGUUUCAUCCUCCGUCAUCUUUCGCUAUUACGUCAGUCUCCAGCCCCCCACCGCCUUUUAUUCUUAGAUUGUGAGCCCCUGAGGUCCAGGGACCAUGUCUGAUUCCCACCCGUGAAUUCUUUCCCAGUGCUUAGUUCGGUGCUUUGCACCUGGUAGCCCUUUAAAUAUAAAACUAUCACUACUGCUACCACUUGGUAUGGGGCACAAGAACAGCAUAAAUGAGAGUCCGAGGUUGAGAUACUAAGUAUUAGAGGCAAAAAGUGAAUGUGAUAGAAACUCUCAGGAGCACUUUUUAGGAAUUUUUUUUAUUUAAAAUGUGGUUUUUGAGGUAAAUAUUAUUUUCUCUGCCAUGCGACUGGUGUGAUUUCUACCACUUUAAUAUUUGAGAGAUAUUUCUGUAGGUGUAAUAUUGUAUAAAAAUGCAUUUGUAAAAUGGACCAAUAGGUGGUGCAGCCACUAUAAAAUGGAAUGUAAUUUCUCUGGAAAGUGAUCAACAUUUAGUAUAAACAUUUCUUCCCAGAAACUGCUUGACUUGGUUCUUAAAUUAAUUGUGUUGGCCAAAGGUCCCGUUACAAAGUACUCUGCUGUUAUAGGGGAAUGUUUCUUUUUGAGAGUGGCUUCAGCGACUUCCUUUGGCCUCCAAUAUUUAGAAAACUAGUGUGUUUUAUAGCCUCUAUCCUGGCAAUUACAACCCUAGCUGUAAACACAGCACCCUCCCCAUCCCCCUUAGAAAAGUGAAAAGUGCCCAGGACUGGGAUCUAGGAGACCCAGGUUCUAGUCUCGGGUGUGUCACUGCCUCAUUGUGUGACCUUGAGCAUGUCACCUAACUUCUCCCUGCUUAAGUUUUCUCAUAUAUAAAAUGCAUUCCUAUUCUAUCCUCUUAGACUGUGGGCCCCAGGUGGAACAAGAAUGGUUCUAAUCUAUCUUGUAUCCACACUACCAUGUAGAAUAAUGCUUGGCACCAACAUUAUCAUAAGAAGAAGAGAGUAGAGUAAGGUUGAAUGAGGGUGGGAUGGGCAGAAUGAUAAUGAGGGAUCAGUCGCUGGUCUCUCUGAACAGUUUGUGUGUAUCUGUUUUGUUGGGUUUUUUAAUGAUAUUUGUUAACAAGUACU